CCGGGAGCCGCCUGAGGAGGAGCGGCGCAGGGGAUGCGGCUGUGGUGGCGGCGGCGGCGGCCGAGCGCUGGGGGCGGCUGUGGCGGCGGAGGGGGGCGCGGGCCGGCGAUGGCGCGGCGGCCCUGAGGGCGCGGGGCGGGCGGCGGCCGGAGGGCGGGCGGCGCGGGAGGAAGCGGCGGCGGUGGCUCCAUGGCCCGGGCGCGCUGAGGGACCCGGCUCUCGCCUCAGCCCGGCGGCGGCGGCGGCGGCCGAACAAUGAAGCUCCUGAAGCCGACCUGGGUCAACCACAAUGGCAAGCCGAUUUUUUCAGUUGAUAUUCACCCUGACGGGACCAAGUUUGCAACUGGAGGACAAGGGCAGGAUUCUGGGAAGGUUGUGAUCUGGAAUAUGUCUCCAGUCCUCCAGGAGGAUGAUGAGAAGGAUGAAAAUAUUCCCAAGAUGCUUUGCCAGAUGGACAAUCACUUAGCAUGUGUGAACUGUGUGCGGUGGUCAAACAGUGGGAUGUAUUUAGCUUCUGGGGGAGAUGACAAACUGAUUAUGGUGUGGAAGCGGGCUACGUACAUCGGCCCCAGCACCGUGUUUGGCUCUAGUGGUAAGCUUGCCAAUGUGGAGCAGUGGCGGUGUGUCUCCAUCCUCCGGAAUCAUUCAGGUGAUGUGAUGGAUGUAGCAUGGUCUCCCCAUGAUGCCUGGCUAGCCUCGUGCAGUGUGGAUAACACUGUUGUCAUCUGGAAUGCUGUAAAGUUCCCAGAAAUUCUAGCUACUCUGAGAGGUCAUUCUGGCUUGGUCAAAGGGUUGACGUGGGACCCUGUUGGUAAAUACAUAGCCUCUCAAGCUGAUGACCGCAGCCUAAAGGUGUGGAGGACACUGGAUUGGCAGCUGGAGACCAGCAUCACCAAGCCUUUUGAUGAGUGUGGAGGAACGACACAUGUGUUGCGGCUCAGCUGGUCACCUGAUGGGCAUUACCUGGUAUCUGCCCAUGCCAUGAACAACUCAGGCCCCACUGCCCAGAUCAUUGAACGGGAGGGAUGGAAGACCAACAUGGACUUUGUAGGGCACCGGAAAGCUGUGACUGUCGUGAAAUUCAACCCAAAAAUCUUCAAAAAGAAGCAGAAGAAUGGGAGUUCUACGAAGCCCAGCUGCCCAUACUGCUGCUGCGCUGUUGGCAGCAAGGACCGCUCGCUUUCUGUCUGGCUCACAUGUCUGAAACGGCCGCUGGUGGUCAUCCAUGAACUGUUUGACAAAUCCAUCAUGGACAUUUCCUGGACUCUGAAUGGGCUUGGCAUCUUGGUGUGCUCCAUGGAUGGCUCUGUGGCAUUCCUUGACUUCUCCCAGGAUGAGCUUGGAGAUCCCCUAAGCGAGGAGGAGAAGAGCCGCAUUCACCAGUCCACCUAUGGCAAGAGCCUGGCCAUCAUGACUGAGGCCCAGCUCUCCACAGCCGUCAUUGAGAACCCUGAGAUGCUCAAGUACCAGCGGAGGCAGCAGCAGCAGCAGCUGGACCAGAAAAGUGCCUCCACCAGGGAGACAGGCUCAGCCACCUCAGUUGCAGGCGUCGUCAACGGGGAGAGUCUUGAAGAUAUUAGGAAGGAAAUCCUAGAUACUAAGAAUAGUGGAUUUCAGGCUCUGACCUUAGGAGACUUCUGUGGGCUCCCCUUCUUCAUCUGGAAGCCAUGUUUCAUGAAAAGGGAUUGGAAAAGGAAUCUUUUGAAGAAGCAAGUUGAGACUCGGACGGCAGAUGGUCGGAGAAGAAUCACACCUCUCUGCAUAGCACAGCUGGACACUGGGGACUUCUCCACGGCAUUCUUUAACAGCAUCCCCCUCUCGGGCUCCCUGGCGGGCACCAUGCUCUCUUCUCAUAGCAGUCCACAGCUACUGCCACUGGACUCCAGUACCCCUAACUCCUUCGGCGCCUCGAAGCCUUGUACAGAGCCUGUGGUGGCUGCCAGUGCCAGACCUGCGGGCGAUUCUGUCAAUAAGGACAGUAUGAAUGCUACCUCUACUCCUGCUGCAUUGUCACCUUCUGUGUUAACGACCCCGUCCAAGAUUGAACCCAUGAAAGCGCUUGAUUCCCGGUUCACAGAGCGGUCCAAAGCCACGCCAGGUGCUCCUGCCCUGACCAGUGUGACCCCAACAGCCAUGGAAAGGUUAAAAGAGCAGAACCUUGUGAAAGAGCUAAGGCCGCGAGACCUCCUGGAGAGCAGCAGUGACAGUGAUGAUAAGGUCCCUUUGACUAAGCCUUCCUCACUGUCCAAGCGAAAACUUGAGCUUGAGGUAGAAACGGUAGAGAAGAAGAAGAAAGGGCGGCCUCGGAAGGACUCUCGUCUCAUGCCCGUGUCUCUGUCUGUCCAGUCUCCAGCUACCCUAACCGCAGAAAAGGAGGCCAUGUGUCUGUCUGCACCAGCACUUGCACUGAAGCUGCCAAUUCCAGGCCCCCAGAGAGCAUUCACCCUCCAGGUCAGCUCCGAUCCCUCCAUGUACAUUGAGGUGGAGAAUGAAGUGACAGUGGUGGGGGGCGUGAAGCUGAGCCGCCUGAAGUGCAACCGGGAAGGGAAGGAGUGGGAGACGGUGCUCACCAGCCGGAUCCUCACUGCUGCAGGCAGCUGUGACGUGGUGUGUGUCGCCUGUGAAAAAAGGAUGCUGUCAGUGUUCUCCACCUGUGGUCGCCGUCUCCUCUCUCCUAUCCUCCUGCCGUCCCCGAUCUCUACUUUGCAUUGCACAGGCUCCUACGUCAUGGCACUCACUGCUGCAGCCACACUGUCCGUCUGGGAUGUUCAUAGACAGGUGGUUGUGGUGAAAGAAGAGUCUCUACACUCCAUCUUGGCAGGAAGUGAUAUGACGGUAUCACAGAUCUUGCUGACGCAGCAUGGAAUCCCAGUAAUGAACUUGUCCGAUGGGAAGGCGUACUGCUUUAAUCCUUCACUUUCUACAUGGAACCUGGUUUCUGACAAGCAGGACUCACUGGCUCAGUGUGCGGACUUUAGGAGCAGCCUGCCAUCCCAGGACGCCAUGCUGUGCUCAGGACCAUUAGCCAUAAUCCAGGGCCGCACCUCCAACUCGGGAAGGCAGGCUGCCCGGCUCUUCUCCGUGCCUCAUGUCGUGCAGCAAGAAACCACCCUGGCCUACCUAGAGAACCAGGUGGCAGCAGCACUCACCCUGCAGUCCAGCCACGAGUACCGCCAUUGGCUCCUCCUCUACGCACGGUACCUUGUAAAUGAAGGGUUUGAAUACCGACUUCGAGAAAUAUGCAAGGACUUACUGGGUCCGGUUCACUACUCCACUGGAAGCCAGUGGGAGUCAACAGUAGUGGGUCUGCGGAAGAGGGAGCUGCUGAAGGAGCUGCUGCCAGUCAUUGGGCAGAACAUCCGAUUCCAGCGCCUCUUCACCGAGUGUCAGGAACAGCUCGACAUCCUGAGGGACAAGUAAACUGCUCCGGCCUACCCUGGCUGCAGCAAGGGCAGGGCCACACUCUUGCCGCUGAUGACACGCAGGGCCUCCUCUCACCUGGCCAGGCUGCAGGGGAAGAAGACACUGGCAGGAGAUGUGCUGUCCUGCACCAGCGCCAGCCCAGCUCUCUGGGCAGAUGUGCCCUGUGUCCUGGGCCUGACGUUGCCUCUGGAGGGGAAAGCUCAUUCCUCCCUCCAGGCCCCCUAUGCGGAGCUGGGGCUGGAGCUCUGCCCAGGUGCCCUGGGGCCAGCAAGGCAUUCCCAGGCCUGCUGUCUCCAGCACGGCCCCAAGGUGGACACUAGCCCCUGCUGCUGCAGGCGCUGUGCUGCUUCAGCAGUGAUGAUUGAGCCAUUUGUGAGAGAGAAUCUGAAAGCGUUAGGUAUUACGCAGUCAGCAGACUGACCUGAGACCUAUAUAAAAGGAAAGCUGUUCCAACACACGGACUAUUUUUGUACUAGAAUUUGCUAACUUGUAAUAUGGAAUUUCCUUUGGCCGAUAAUCAGGAUUUCCCUAUAAGUCACUUGGACAUUGGUCACUUGUAGGAAAUUUAAACUCUAAUUAUGACAGCUACACUGAAAAAUAAUUGUACUGAAAUUAACUUGUCUAUCUUCAUUUGGUUUUAAUUUUUAAAUGUUUGUAAAAAGAGACUGUUUUGGGGGAAUGGGACAAAGGGGUGGGCAAUUUCUUUUGUAAGUGUAAAAUAAAUGAACACGCAUUGGAUACCAAA